GGUUUUGUAAUUAGUAAGUGCGAGGGAAAGAAGGGAUGGCCGUCCAAGCUCCAGUCGUUUGGAUGCCCAACGCCCUCACCACCAUCCAUCAUCAUCACCAUCAUCAUCAUCCCCUGCGGGUCAGAAGCAAGGUGGGCCCCACAGCCCUUGCAGCAGCAGCCGCCGCAUCACCACCUCCAUCCUCUACCAUUCUUCAGAUUGCUGGUGGAAAGGUUCCGAGUUGGUACCACAAAGAAAAUGCCAAACUUAGUGGUAACGUAUCCGGGGAUGGCCAAGGAGAACUUGAUUGGAUUGAUUUGGAAGCAGAUCUCUAUCACUGGACAAAGCCGCUGCGUCCUGUGCAGUGGUAUCCUGGUCAUAUUGCAAAAACAGAAAAGGAACUCAAAGAUCAACUCAAGUUGAUGGAUGUUGUCAUAGAGGUUCGAGAUGCAAGGAUUCCCAUGGCCACAAGUCACCCACAGAUGGACUUGUGGCUCGGUAAUAGGAAAAGGAUUUUAGUUUUGAAUAGAGAAGAUAUGAUAUCCACUGCUGACAGAAAUGCGUGGGCCAGUUAUUUCUCAAGGCAGGGAGUGAAGGUCGUUUUUGCCAAUGGGCAGCUUGGGAUGGGCACUAUGAAGCUAGGAAGGCUAGCAAAGUCAUUAGCCAUUGGUGUGAAUGUUAAACGUAGAGCAAAGGGACUCCUUCCUCGUCCGGUCCGAGCUGGAAUUGUUGGAUAUCCAAAUGUAGGUAAAUCAUCUCUAAUUAACCGUUUGCUGAAACGCCGAAUGUGCACAGCAGCUCCCAGGCCAGGAGUCACAAGAGAGUUGAAAUGGGUCCGUUUUGGGAAAGAUCUGGAGUUGCUGGAUUCCCCUGGAAUACUGCCAAUGCGAAUCAGUGACCAGACUGCUGCAAUAAAGCUGGCAAUGUGUGAUGACAUUGGGGAGAGAUCAUAUAAUGUGGCUGAUGUGGCUGCAAUUCUCAUACAAAUGCUCACAAGGUUUCCAUCAGUAGGUUCAAAAGCCCUUUACAGCCGUUACAAGAUUGACCCAGAUGGCUACUGUGGUAAAAUAUUUGUUGAGAAGCUUGCGCUUCAAUUGUUCAAUGGGGAUGCCAGUCAAGCAGCAUUCCGCGUGCUGACCGACUUUCGGAAAGGGAAGUUUGGUUGGGUUGCACUAGAGAGACCUCCACAGGUAAGGCAAUUGGAUGGAUGAUUCUGGAGUUUGAUUACUUCCCGGUUAUCUCCAAUAUCCAACUCAAAUGAUUCUAAUAUCUAAUUGUAUUCACAAUAUAGUGUUGGUUAUUGUAAGUACUGGGAUUUUACAAUCCUGCUCUCGGAGAUUUGUACAAAUUUGUAUAUUGCAUGAAAUGCCCAAAUCUUGUAAAUUUUGC